AUGACGCCGGAAGCUGCAUCAAGUUCGCAUGAUACCGACGAAGAAUCGUGCAGCGAUACCCUCGACAAACAACCCAGCACCGAAUCCAUUACUUGCAGGAUCUGUCAAAGUGCAAUGGAAAAAUCACAUCUAAUCUCGCCCUGCCUGUGCAAAGGAACACUCCGCUACGUGCACCGUGAGUGCCUGGAGCAUUGGCUCAGCCGGUCCGGACUUACGUACUGCGAGCUGUGUUUGCAUAGGUUCCAAACGUACUCGACGCUAAGGUACAACUGCUGCGAAUCUUUGUGCAUUUGGUAUCGUCAUCCGAACAAUCGUGGUUUGCUGCUGUCGGAUGCACUGAUUUAUGUCGUCCUGUCAUUCAUCUGCUUCACCCUGACAAUGAUCUGUAUUCUGGUGCUACGCUUCCAAAGCGAACGUGGCAACACGCUUCAGGAGACCCUCGCCUCGACCGCCAUUGUUUGCUUUUUGCUGCUGGUGCUAAUUGUGUAUCUAACCAACAUCGUCGUCAUGGCUAAGGAUCACAUCAUCCCGUGGUACAGAUGGUGGAGAUCGUCCCGCAGGAUACAGCUGUCGGAAGAAUCUAUGGUGGAAGGACGCAGCUUCCAGAGCUCCGAUAUCGUGGUUUAA